UCAGUUAGAGAAGUUAUUGACAGGACUAAGCGACCAGUAACUACUGGAAGCAAAUUCAUAAAGACUUUUUGGUUUUGACCAAAAAUAAAAUGAUGUGGAGCGUAGUAUUUGGUACAUGGCUCCUGAUAGCACAGUCCCUUGGAUGCAUACCCUGCAAUAAAAGGGGUUUGGAGGCUCUUGAGAAAUUGAAGAUCUUUAUUCAGGACCAGGUUCUGGUAGAAGAAACCGCCGCCUAUGUGACUAUCAAAAAUUUUGCAAACGCUGCCAAAAGGCAAAUUGAACAAUACUUGGAGGAUGUGGGGACUCUGGAUGAGUAUGCCCUAUCCGAAAUAGGGUCCGAAUAUAAAAUAUCAGUCAAUAUCAUCGUGGACUUGGACUCUACAGGUGUGAAUCUUCUCAAUGACCUUGAACACCAGUUCAAAAGACUCAAGGAGAAGAUUGAGAGUAUUGUGCAGGAGGCAGAGAAACGGAGAUGCCCUAACAAGAAAGAUUUUGACAACUGUGGUUUAUUGGUCCAAACAUUGACCAACUGCAGGACCUGUGAAAAGGAGAAGACGAUUUGCGCUGGAGGAUCUCCUGGAAAUCAAGAAUUCUUUGACAAGUGCACCUGCAUAUGCACCACCCAGAACAAAUGUUUCGAUUUAAAGUCCGGAGAUGAAUGCACUCCGUGCAAAGAUAUGACAUCACGUCUUGCAGAGGUUAUAGACUGUGGAGAGAGAAAUAUUGCAGUUACAGAAGAUCACGAUGUUCUCCUUGCCUGUAACUUAGAAUGGUAUCCGAGGCUUGAGGACGGAUAUAAAAACAUUUUCAGUAAGACUUCUCAUCCUGCACAAAGGGUAACUGAGGAUCCUUAUAUUGAGCUGAAAGAAAUUCAGAAAUAUGAAGCUGGCCAAUACAUAUGUACCACCAUUCUUAAUUCUGGUGUGCCAAUCGCUAAAUAUACUUAUAACGUGAAAGUUGGCAGCGGAUUAGGAGCAGUGACUGAAAUAGACAAGCCUGUGCCAACACUUCCCGCAGAGACAGAAAUGUCAACCUCCGAGCCACUAGCUGAGGAUCCCACACUUAAGUUACCCGACAUUGCAGCAUAUGUAGCUGGUGCCAUCACCUUAUCACUGUUCGCUGGCCUAGGUAUCUUCAUGUGCUUAAGAAAAUCAAAAAAGGCUAAGGAUAUCUCGCCAGUGUGAAGGCUUUAAGAUCAUGUGGCCACACAAAAAAAAAGUAGAAAAAAAAGAUGAAAAAACAAAAACAAAGAAAAAAAAAUAAAAAACCACAAAAAACUUAAAAAAAUAAAUGUUUCCUUCCCCCGAAGAAACCUUGUCUGUAGCAUUUAUUUAAUUUACACCGAUAUCUGCAUGUAUCUAAAACAGCCGACAAUGAAUUAGAACUACUAGGGGCAGCUGCCCUGGGCACUGUCAUUCCUGGUGACCCAAAGUAGCUAGCUCCAUGCUAAAGCAGCUAGCCACUGCCGCCGGUCCAGAGAGGGCCGGCCCUGCCACUACACUGCGGCUCACUGUUCUAAAGCGGCACCGUGGCCUUUAAAACAGU